AUGGACGGUCUCAACGGUCCCAAAGGAGAAACUGAGCAGGAGCUCGACGAGAAAUAUCCUAACCGUCCGCGGAACCACCAUCCCACUCUUCCCUUUCAUGAUUUGUUUCUUGAUCUUUUCAACCCCUUAAAUGAAAACAAGAAAAGGCCAGCGGGGUCAACUGUCGCCCGUAGAAAGCUCGGGCCACAUGGGGGACAGCAAACCCUUUCUCCGCAGGAAUUGCGGCGAGAUAUCAUUCAACGUUUCAUUUCAAAAUGGAGAAAUGAGGUGGGCGAUGACAUCUACCCAGCUUUUCGAUUGAUCAUCCCUGAGAAAGAUCGGGACCGUGCAAUGUAUGGCUUGAAAGAAAAGACAAUUGGAAAACUGCUGGUCAAGAUAAUGAAAAUUGAUAAAAACUCCGAGGAUGGCUUCAACCUCUUGAAUUGGAAGCUCCCAGGGCAGAGCAUGGCUAGUCGAAUGGCGGGCGAUUUCGCUGGACGUUGUUACGAGGUAAUUUCAAAGCGGCCUAUGAGAACGGAGGUUGGCAACAUGACUGUCCAGGAAGUCAACGAGAAGCUAGACUUAUUAGCUGCUGCCAACAAGGAAGACGAGCAGCUACCUAUCCUUGAAGACUUCUACAGGAAAAUGAACCCUGAGGAACUGUUAUGGCUCAUCAGGAUUAUUUUGCGCCAAAUGAAAGUUGGCGCCACCGAACGUACGUUUUUCGAGAUCUGGCACCCAGAUGCAGAGACUCUAUUUAGCAUAUCGAGCAGCCUUCGGCGGGUUUGCUGGGAAUUAUACAACCCAAACGUCCGCUUGGAGGAUGAAGAGACUGGGGUAACCCUUAUGCAAUGCUUUCAGCCGCAAUUAGCACAGUUUCAGAUGCAUUCGUUCCAACGAAUGAUUGAGAAAAUGAGGCUGUCACCAGAAGAUCCUUCGUUUUGGAUUGAAGAAAAGAUGGAUGGGGAGAGAAUGCAGCUUCACAUGAUGUCUGAUGAUUCCAUUACCGGCGGGAAAAGAUUUAAAUUUUGGUCACGCAAAGCCAAGGACUACACUUACCUAUAUGGAAAUGGUUUUUAUGAUGAGAAUGGCGCAUUGACCCGCCAUCUUAAGGAUGCUUUCGCAGAUGGGGUCCAGAACAUCAUUCUUGACGGAGAAAUGAUCACUUGGGACCCAGAACAAGACGCCCCGGUUCCUUUUGGCACGCUUAAGACUGCUGCACUAUCAGAGCAACGGAAUCCUUUCUCCGCCACAGGCCAAAGGCCACUAUUUCGCGCUUUUGAUAUUCUAUAUCUUAAUGAUAAGGCGUUAACUAGAUACACAUUACGGGAUAGAAGGAAGGCUUUAGAGGCUAGCAUUAAGCCCGUGCAUCGUCGCUUCGAAAUUCAUACCUACGAGGUCGGUUAUUCUGCUGCCCAUAUCGAGCCUCAACUUCGUAAGGUUGUGGCCGAAGCUUCUGAAGGGCUUGUUCUCAAGAAUCCCGACUCACCCUAUCGACUGAAUGAACGCCAUGAUGAUUGGAUGAAAGUGAAGCCUGAAUAUAUGACCGAAUUUGGUGAAUCCCUUGAUUGCGUGGUGAUCGGUGGAUACUACGGUUCAGGGAAGAGGGGUGGUGCAUUAGCAACCUUUCUCUGUGGGCUGAGGGUUGAUGAAGCUCAAAUUCGACAAGGCGCUAAUCCGAUGAAAUGCUACUCAUUUUGCAAGGUCGGUGGAGGGUUUACUGCUGCCGACUAUGCGAAUGUUCGUCAUCAUACCGAUAGUAAAUGGAAGGACUGGGACCCCAAGAAGCCGCCAACAGAAUUUAUUGAAUUGGCUGGUGGCGACGCACAAUACGAACGUCCCGAUGUUUGGAUUAGACCCGAUGAGUCUGUCGUACUAUGCGUGAAAGCAUCCUCCGUAACCCCCAGUGACCAAUUUCGAUUGGGCUUAACUGUCCGCUUCCCACGGUUCAAGAGGUUGCGAAUGGAUAAAACUUGGGAAAGCGCACUGUCGAUCCAGGAGUUUAUGGAUUUAAAGUCCAAUGCUGAACGGGAACAGAAGGAGAAAGAAUUCAAAAUUGAUAACUCCCGGAAAAGAAAGCCUAAGAGAACAACAAAGAAACCCCUUACCAUUGCGGGAUAUGAUGAAAACAAAAAAGCUGAGUUCGACGUAUCUGAUCAAAUAUUCACGUCUAAAAGUGAUUCUCUAGUCGUUAUGACCGAUGCGCUUGAACCAGAAAAGAAAUCUAAACUUGAGCUGGAAAAAUUGAUAAAAGCAAAUGGUGGCAAGAUCUACCAGACGAACACAGCAGCAUCAAAUACAAUUUGCAUUGCGGAGCGAAGGACCGUGAAGGUGGCUUCGAUACAAAAAGCGGCGAAAGAAAACAUCGUUCGACCUUCGUGGCUACUUGAUUGCAUUAAGCAGAAUGAAGCUGACCUGGGCCUGCCGGAUCUAUUACUCCCAUUGGAGCCAAGACAUAUGUAUUUCACCGUGAAGGGCCAGGAGCAGGAGAUUUCCUCAAACGUCGACCAAUAUUCAGACAGCUACGUACGAGAUACCACAACGAAGGAGCUUACCAAGCUCCUCGCCUCUAUGCCCGCCAUCUCAAAUCUUUCGGCAUCCCGCAUCUCGAAAAUCGAGGACCAGAUGCAAUCCCGACACGAACAAGAAGGCACGUUUCACGACUUGCCCGGCUGGCUCUUUAAAAACCAAGUAUUAUACUUUUCACAAUCUAGAUCCAGCUCAGAUUCCAAGGUAUCAUCCUCCCGCCUUGCAUCCAAUAUCGCUAGAUUUGCGGGCGCGUCACUGGUGUCUAAACCGGAUGAUAAACGUGUUACGCACAUUAUCCUUGACAAGGAUAGCAGGUCGGCCGACGUCUCUGCUUUGCGAUCCAGUAUAUCAAAACGUGUGGGUGCAGGUAGGAUACCGCACAUUGUGACUGUUGAAUGGAUAAAUGAAAGCUGGAAGGCGAAAACGUUACUGGAUGAAGAACAGCUUUUGAAGGGGGUCCAUUUUGAAUUCCGCAAAGUGUGUAUUGACGCGUUCUAUCGUAGUCAUAUAUCCGUCUCAUAG